AUGCCAGCAGCCGAUGAAUAUGCUACGAACACAGAUUUGGAAGGGCAGAUCGAGCAUGUGAGGGAGAAAGGUGAACUGUCGGAAGCACAGUGCAGAUCCUUAUGCGAGAAAGUCAGGGAAAUUCUUCAAGAGGAGUCGAACUGCCAGCCUGUGCGCUGUCCGGUGACCGUCUGCGGAGACAUUCAUGGCCAGUUCCUAGACUUGAAGGAGCUCUUCCGGAUUGGCGGCCCGCUUCCAGAGACCAACUACCUCUUCCUGGGUGACUACGUAGACCGCGGCUACUACUCCGUGAAAACCGUGUCGCUCAUGUUUCUGUACAAAGUGCGUUUCAAGGAGCGCAUAACUAUUCUCCGCGGCAACCAUGAGAGUCGCCAAAUUACACAGGUGUACGGCUUCUUCGAUGAGUGCGUUCGAGCAUACCGUGGUCCGCAGGUCUGGAAGCUAUUCACCGACUCCUUCGACUACUUGCCAGUGACGGCUGUGAUCGAAAACCAGAUCAUCUGCAUGCAUGGGGGCAUUUCGCCUUCGCUCGACUCCUUGGAUAACAUCCGCCAGCUGGACCGCAUCCAAGAGGUGCCUCACGAGGGACCUAUGUGUGACCUGUUGUGGUCAGACCCUGAUGAUCGAUGUGGCUGGGGCAUCUCGCCGCGUGGUGCUGGCUACACUUUUGGACAGGACAUCUCAGAGCAGUUUAACCACGCCAAUGGCCUCAAGCUGAUUGCACGGGCGCACCAGUUGGUUAUGGAGGGCUACAACUGGUGUCACGACAGGCACGUGGUGACGAUCUUCUCGGCGCCAAACUACUGUUACAGGUGCGGCAAUCAGGCAGCUGUUAUGGAGAUCGAUGAGCAUCUCAA